AACAUCCACAGUCGUUCCUCGGCCGAGCAACCGUCUGCAUCGCGCGCAGCUCUCGAAGCGAUUUCGAAGCCCCACAGGCACCAGACCCCUUUGAAGGAUAUAUAGUAUACCCAUCUCCACAGGCGCCGCCAAGUCGCGUUCCGCGUCCCCAAAGGAUUCCCAUAAACAUUCCAAGAAAACAAUGUCAGCGGUGCCGAUGAAAGCCCUCCUCGCUGGCGUUUUCCUGCUGGCCAAUGCCUGGCACAUCACAGCUGCAAAUGAGCAGCGUGAGAAACAGCACUUACAGUGCUGGCACUGCAGUUCGGACACCAUUGGAGCGGAGGAUUUCUGCGAUGUGACCUUCCAGGAGGACAAUAUACCCACUGACCUGAUCAAGGAGCGGAACAUCAAUCUGCUGAGGAGCUGCAACAGCACCAUCAACUCCGAUCACGAGCGAGCCGUUUGCCGCAAAACGGUUGAGGAGAAUAAUGGCAAGCUGAUAACCAAGCGGUUCUGCUACUAUACCAACAAAUCGGAUCCCGUGGAGCUUUGCAACAUCACCAGUCCGGAGAAGAAUGUGCGGCGGAUAUUCUGCCAGGACUGCCUCACCGAUCGCUGCAAUGGAGCCUUCACAGGAGCCUACAUGUUGGAGAUCAUGCUGCUUCUGCCGAUUUUGGCCCUAAUCCAUCAGUUGGCCAUCUAAG